AUGUCUGCCGCUCCUCUCUUCUGGCAAACUCCCCUCAAGUACUGCCGCUGGGCAGCCCGCGAGCGUCCCGCCCUCUUCUGGUCCGUCAUCAUCGGCGCAGCAGGCCCCGUCGCCAUGCCAAUUGUUCCUCCGAUCCGACACUACUUUGGCGAUAUCGAUGCUCCCCCCGUUCCCGUCACCUAUCCCAUCCCCUCUGGUCCCAGGAAACAGCUCACCGGCUACGACGACUAA